CCAUGGAUAAGCAUAACCUUACUUUUAUAAGAACAAAACAAACGGGAAAUAAAUUUUCUAGUUGUAAUAUCUUGUAAGGUUACAAAUAAUCUUUCCAGGAGAAUUUUAUAAUGAAGAUAAUUUAUAAUAAAUUCCGAUUAGAGUUGGGUGUUGAUCAAAUUUUACUUCCCUCACUUUUAAAUGUAAAAGAUGCAGGUUUUUAAGAGUUACUUUACAACAGUCAACUUUGCCUUUAAACUUCGAUAGAAAUUGGAAGUCUUUUGGAAUGGCUAGAACUAAUUUAGAGGACUUAUUUCAGUUAAAAUGCUUAUUAAACAAUUUAGAUAUAAAGUUAGCAGCAAGGGUAGAAAAUGGUGUUAAACAGCUAGUGGCAUUGGUACUAAAAACUGGGGACAUUGUUCUUUACUAUACAUAUGGAGAAUUGCCUUCAGUUGUAAGAAGAAUACCCUGGUUUACUGGAAAAACUAAAGAAGUUCAAGCAAUUUGUUUCGAUAACACAGCUACAUGGUUGUUAACAGUAUCUCUAGAUGGUUCAUUGUAUAUUUUACCUGCAUUAAGUUUGGUAGACAGGAAACAGAAAGUUGAUUGUAAAUGGUCUUUAAAUGAUGUAACACAUUUCCCUAAACAUUCGCAAGCACCAGAAUCCAAACCUCAGUGUAUUGUUUGGUGGCAAACAUUGGACUGCAAUCAAAAUGCUCUGGUUGGUUAUGAAAAUGGAGCUAUAGGUUUAAUAAGCCUAACUGAUGGGCGUUGUUUGGGUGUUUGUAGUGUCAGUGAAGAUAUUUCGAAGUUGUAUUUAUGUCAGGAUAAUAGUUUGGAUUGUGUUUCAUUGCUGAUAUGUGGAGUAAGUGGUCAACAGUGGCGACUAAUUCUUGAACAACAUUCCACUGGAUAUGUUUGGCCACCAGAAAAUAAUUCAAUUUCUCAAGAAAGUAUGGCUUCAAGACUACAAAGUCUGAAGCAGAUGGGUGUUGAUAAGUUUGUAUCUUUUAAACAACGAUUAUCAGAAGCUAGAGGAGGUCAAAGAAGGGAUAGUCAAACCAGUGAUUCUACAAGUGAAUCGUCACAUUCAGAACGUUCAGAAUAUUCACACAGUGGACCUGAGCUACUGCCACACCUUUGUGACACAUUUUUUGCACCUCAAUAUGCAAGAAACAGAUAUUUAUUUUCUGCGUUUUAUAAGCCUACAAGCUUGCUGACAAUACAUGGUGUUGAUAUUGAGUCUGCUCCUUUGUUUGUUCAUAGACUGUUACCUAAUGUUGGUUGUUUACUUUUGACAGAUAGAUUUAUUUAUUGCGUUAGUGAAGACUCCAGAACAUUAUCUGUUGUUAGUUCGCAAUUAUCAGAAUGUCAUCUUGAAGGCGAUGCUGAAUUUAAUACUGAAUCACUUAUAACACAAUUUAGUCUGGAGAAGGAUGAAAAAAUUCUAAAUAUUUUUAAACUAACUGAUAUAACUUUUGUACAUGAUAGAAGACAUAAAGAGGAAAAGAGGAAAGAAAAAGAAAAAUCUCUAAAUCUUCCCAAAAGCGUAAACGACGUGAAUAUGGCUAAACCAAAAAUUGAUACUUGUAUAGUAAUUAGUAAUUGUGCUAUAUAUAGAUUAAUUGUAAAAGCUUCUCCUAUACGUAAAUUUGUCGAGUAUGUUAUAGAAGAAAGUGAUUUGGAAAAAGCUGAAAAAAUUGCGAUAGUUUUCUCUCUUAAUUUACAACAGUUAUUAGAAAAUUGUGGCGAUAUUUUAAUUUCUAAUGGUUCAUUUCAUCAAGGUCUAAUUAUGUAUAAGCAGGCAAAAUCGCACCUCCUUAAGCGGGUUCUUAAACUCGCGAUUUGUGGAGAUUCUCAAGCUUUGCUAAAAUUCGUGCAUUUAUGUCUAAGUGUGAGUAAAGUUGACAUGUCAAUUCCAACAAAAAUUCACAUGGGAAAUUUGGCUGUUAUGGCUUUUAUUGAAGAGAUACUGAGAUUUGGAGGGGAAAAGAGGAUAGAAAACACCAAAAAUUUUAUGAAUUUCUUAAAACAUGAAGAAUUUUACGAUCAAGUUCUCGCAGUAAAUGUAGCCUGUCAGGCGGGACAGUGGAAUGUGGUGUCUUUAUUAGCAAAAUCGCGUGGUUUACAACCAGAAGUAGUAGCUGCAAUUAGUCAAAUCAUUCAUUCCGCUUCUGUACACCAUGAAUACACCUAUAAUUUCCUUCUGACACUUUCUGAACCGUGUCUUACACAAAGUUUACUUAUUUUUCCUUCUUGUAGUCAACUUCUAUUGAAUUUUAUUCGUGCAAACAUUGAUUCAUUUCCCGUUUAUGUGUUGCAAAGACUGAUUUUUCAGUUGGAUCCUAGUCAACCCGCUGCUUUGCCAUUAAUUGGUAGGGUAUUUCAGAAUAGAAGAAAUUCGACAAGUAUGGAAUCAAUGAUUGAAUCUUUAGAAGUAGAAAAUUUUGACAAAGGGUCAACUAUUGUUAAAGAGUUCAUAGAAACGUUUAUAGUAGUUCUUAUUUGUUUAGUGUCUAAAACCAAUGAAUUUGGGUAUAAUAUUGAUCUUUUGGAAAAAAUUGAUCCACCUGAAAUGCCUUCGCAACAAAGCUUUAUCAAAAAAAUGCCAAGUGCCCAACCUCUAGGAUGUGGCUUCGAACACGCAGCUAUUAUUCGCAAUGGUCAGGUGUAUUCAAUGGGUGUAGCGAGUUCGGGGUGUCUUGGAUUUGGUCCUCUGCUUAUACAAAGUAGCCCUCCGAGAAUAGUUCACACACUUUCUGAACUUAAAGUAAAUGCAAUCAGCGUUAGUUGUGGGAGAAAGCACACCCUGGCACUGACGGAUUAUGGAAUUUAUUGUUGGGGAUCUAAUACUUUAGGCCAAUUGGGUCUCGGCCAGGAAGUACAUGAAAGUCCUUAUCCUCAAGUAAUAUCAGCAUUAUCUACUGUUAAGAUUGUGGAUGUUGCAGCUGGACAGUAUCAUAGCAUAGCCCUUUCUGCAAUCGGUCAAGUGUAUACUUGGGGUUGGGGUAUUCACGGUCAAUUGGGUCAUGGUUCUUGUGACAAUCAGUACAUUCCGAAAUUACUCAGUUUGCCUGAUAUAAUAGUACAAAUUGCUGCCGGACAUGCACAUAGUCUAGUAUUAACAAAAGAUGGAAAACUGUUCGGAUUUGGGUCAAAUGCUUUUGGUCAGCUAGAAAGCAAUAAUCUUGAAAUUAUGAAAACUAGCCACCCAAUUCCUGUUUUUCUCUUACCAGACAUUUAUAUGCCUUUAGAAAAAAUUUCUUCUGCGUAUUUUCAUAACAUUGCUGUUCGAGUAGAUCAGGAAGUGUAUACAUGGGGAGCAAGUCCCCAAGAAAUGAGACUGUCUCAGUCAAAACAAAGUCAAAAGGGAACAGACUCGGGGAUAAGUAAACUCUCUGAACCUUGGAAGGCAACAAUGCACAUUUAUUCUGGAUCAAUUCAAAAGCCUAUUGAGCAGGUGGCUGCUGGUUUUCGACAUACUGCUGUUCUGCAUAAUGGAAAACUUCUAAUCGGAAAAAAUUUAGAUGAAGAAUUAGCGCCCCCAAAAAUAAGUGAAAAGGAUAUGGGAAUUUUUAAUCAAAGAUUUAUUCAUGUUGGUUGUGGUUCUGAUUACACAAUGGCUGUUGACCAUUCUGGAAAAGUUUUGGCAUGGGGAAGCUAUUCAAUGGCGCAAACUUUAACUGGAAAAUCCAGUGAAGAUGAGUCAAGAAGGCCUGAUGGAAAAUUAGUUAUUUUUAAAAAUACGAAACGCGUAAUACGCCUACCCCAUGGUUUCCAUAUUAACUGCGAUUCGCCCCCUGUUGAAGUCCCAAGUUUACCUUCAAUGGCAAUUACUUUUACCCCUUUAAAUCAUCAAACGAUUUUAUCAAAAACUACUCCUGUUUCUAUACAUUCACUUGAAAACAAAUUAACAUCCAAUAUUCAUUAUAUAGAUUCUGAUUAUUCCUUUAAAUAUGGACCCAAAACGUUGCAUUAUGUCCUUGAAACUUACCACGGCUUAUACGAUACAGAAACAAUCCUUUCCAAAUGUUUACAGAUGAAGAAUUACCAAGCUGCAAGUAAAAUUGCUUUGUUGGAGGGUCAUUACAGUGAUAGUUUUUCCUUCCAAUUAAUGGCUUUUAAAGAGCAUUGUACAAAGUUCAAACUAAACUUUGAAAUUUUUAAUAGUCCUGUGGUAAAAGAUAAGUCUUGCGACUCAAUAAUAGACUCUAAUAGACAAAGCGAGAUUGAUGUAACUCCAACAAACAAUAAAAUAACCAAUUCUCCUGCACGAAUAUUAAGUUCCAGUUCCUCAUUGGAUAGUUUAAAACAAUGGACCGAUGAAGCCGAAAAUCAGGGUGGAAGAGAAAGUCCGUGUAGCAUGUCGGAGUUUGGAGAAAUGAAACAGACAAUGGCCCAAUUUCUUAGUUCAAUUAAAAGUGAAAGUUCUCCCCCGAUAUCAAAUAUUUCGAAACUGAUCUCGUACUCAAAACCUUCUGAUGGUGAACUCAAUAAGGAUAAUGAGAUCUAUGCACAUAUAAAAGACGAAAACACUAAAGAAAUAGUUAAACAAGCAUUUCAUUUGAUUGAAUUUUAUAUCCAGAAGAUACACAUGUCUGAAAAUCACAUUUUAAUGCAGAAUAUACUGUUGAAAAGUAUCGAAUUUUGGCUUGCAAACAACUUGCCAGUUUCUGUUCUGGAAAAUAUAUUAUUGAAAAAUAUGGAUAAAUAUUUUUAUCCAUUGUCCAUAUUACUAUUCUGUAAAAAUUUUAACAACAAUUUGGGGGAAGAAUUUGUGAAGAAAGAUGUUGAUGAAAAAGACAAAACUUCAGCUAAUUUCUUAAAAGAGUUUUCAACUAAGUUCUGUCUGCAACUUUGUUACAUGGUAUUGGAGAACGUUAACAAGGCUUAAUGUAAAAAUAUAGUAAUAACAAAAAAGUACGUACAAAACGCUGUUUACUCAUUUGAUACUAUAUUUUAGAGAAAAUUGUUUCUAGGCACAAAGUAAUUAAAAAAUUUGUUUUGCGUUUUUCACAAUAUGUAAACUGUAUUUGUAUUUGAAUAUCUACGCGGUGCUCAUUUUCUGAUGCAUAUGGAUUUUUCUCAUAAGGUGAAGUAUUAAGACAAAAAUCGAUUCCCAUCGAAAAAUAAUCACCCAGUAUGCUAAGUUUUAACUAAACGUGUAUACCUUGCACUAAAAGAUGUUUUAUACGCACGAACGCUUUUUAUAUUUUUUUUACAAAGUUUGACAGGUUUUUAUUGUAUUACCUUGGGUAUAUAUUGCCAUUAUAUCAAUGCGUGUUUGUUUUUCCAAACAUUAAAUAUGAAUUUUAAGCUUAGAGGAAUCUCAUUUUAAUUUGUAAUCUGUGAUAUUAUUACAACAACGCUAUGGUUUCUAAGUGCAAUCAGCUUUCAAUAGGUAGAACAUUUAGCAAUGUAUUUGAUUUCAUUAAAAUGACUUAUUCUAUUAAUCAUGUAGAUUAGAGUCAGAAAAGAGGAGUAGUGCCAAUAAACCUAAUACUGACUUCAAGUAGAAAAUAAAGAAAUCUUAAAGAUUUACUACAAAGGAAACACAAAAUGUUCUAAAAAAAUGUGAAAACUAUGUUCUAUUCGCGCUUAUUCAAUUGUUUAAUGAAAUAAGAAUAAUUGCUUAUUAUACAAUUAAUUCUUGGUAAUUUUUAUUGCAUAAUGU